GCUACGGGACUGCGGAAUCCUCGCAAACAAGGGUUUUUAUAGCAACGGGUAGAGACACCGCCCGGGGGGAUGGAAUCCACUCAUACCAGGAGCAAGGAGAAAAAGGGCAGCCAGCUGUCCCAAGCUACAACAUUCUUGGGUGGAGGUUCGAAGGCUUCAUUAUCCCACUCUGAGGACUUUCUGACCCAGAUCAGUGCAGAACUCACCGAUGAGGCCUUGUUUAUUGCUGGUUUCUACAAGAACCCUGUGCCAGCCAAGGAAAAGCAGACACAAGACAGAGGAACUCAGAUGUCCAAACACGUGAUCUUCACCAAGACCCGAGGCACUGACACCUGCUCUGACAGAAACCAUGCCUGCACCAAGGCAUACCUCCUGCCCUCCCCUCAUGACAAGGGAGCCAUGCCUAGCAGCUUGACAUCUGGAGGAUGAUCCCAACGCUCUCUAGUGCUGCCCUUGCUGUCUCGUGCCCUCCCCAUUCUGUCCCUGUAGAACAUGCCCCAAAGCUCCUCUUUCACAGCGCAUUAAUCACUUCCAUUUUGUGGAGGGGCUGGGGAACUCCUGGUCAUAAGCAGCAUACUCCCUGAAGCCUCCAAAAUGUUCUAGAACCCUCAGACACCUUUCUAUUUGCAGCUGGAAAGGGCACCACCAGAAAUCCAAGGC